AUGGCAUUAGUGCUUGUGGAUAAUGGUUACACUGGGACACUGGGACAGAAAAGGGUCGUGGUUUCCAACAAUGGGGAAACUUCUCCUCCAUUGACUCCGUUGAAGAGAAUGUUUAGUGGCAGAAUCACUCUGAACUUUGAAAGCUCUUCCCUCGAAACCCUUCAUCAAGACAUUCUGAUAAAGGUGUUGUGUGGUGUGGACCAUGAAGAUUUGAAGCAGCUUUUUCAUGUCUCCAAAACGAUUAGAGAAGCAACUCUGAUUGCGAAGCAGCAUUUUGAGUAUCAAUUUUUUGCUUUUCCUAUUCUAUUUGAAGCUCCAAAUGCACCAUUGAGGAAAUACAACAAGUCAAGGUUGAACGGGAGAAAGCUGGCUGAUAUCGCGGUAACCUUGUUUGCUUCAAUGGACGAAGAACAGCAAGCCAAGGAAGGAAGAAAGGAAGAAAGGAAGGGCAACUGA